AUGUCCGACGAAUUUCAGGAAGAAGGGACGAAAGAAAUUAUCCUUCCCGAUAAAUUUAAGGCUAACGAGGUGAAGGAGUUGCUUCGGAUUAUUUACAUAUACCGUACGAAAGAAGGGAUCCCGCCUGAUGAAAUAAACGAGGAAAAUUGUCACUACCUCUUAUGCCUCGCACAAGAAUUUCAAAUGGCAAAGAUUACUAAGAUAUUCGAAGACUGCAUUGUCAAAAUAAUGAAGGAAUCUUUUUCAGCGAAAAAGAAUCCGGAUAUCAUUGCAGAGCUGGUAUUUGCAGAGACGUACAACUUAAAGAAGCUAAAGCAAGCAAGCAUUGAGCUGGCCCAAAGUCUUACUCUUCAAGAGUUGAAAAAGCAAAAAGAUUACGAUAAAAUCAGUUCAGACAAUCUUCAGGAAAUUAUGGAAGGAAUGCCAAACAAGUGAAGCACCUCAUCAGAUUUCUGGAACAUCACAACGUUAAUUUUUCUUUUUAGGGGCCUCCAACGGGAAAUUUUGAGGAAAAGACCUAAAAACAACAACAAAGCAUGAUUAAAGUUUUCUGAAGUCAUUUUAAGCAUCUAGGGAGAUUGCUGGGGAAAAUUUUAUUUGCUCUUUAAUUUACUCCCAACAAGACUGAUGGAAGAGUUCCCAGCCAGCAUGGUGCACCUACAACCUGGAACCUGACUUACCGCGAAGUUUCCCAGCAGACUUAUCUCCAGAUAUUAUGGACCAGUUUGGUUGUGGCCAAAGGACAUGAUUCAGAUCGUAAGUGGGAGGGGAGGGGGGUUUAGGAAAGAUCGGUGUGGCAAAAAGGGCGACAUUUUCGCUUUCAGUGAAGGAGGGGCGGAAUUUCUGACAAAAAUCUAUGUCACCUAUUCUAGACAUCAAUUCCCCUCAGACACCAACAAUUAUCUUUUUCCCAGCAAAACUUUUCGUCCCGGAACAUAUAAUUUCUUCUAAAUCUUCCAGCCAGCAAAAAUUGGCCCGAAGAACAGAUAUUUUGAGGAACAGAUCCAUUGGAUGCCCCUGUUUUUCAUUUGCAUGCACUUUACACUGAAUAAAUAAAGUACCAGUUUUAGCCCGUGGGGGAGUUACUCAUGAGUGCCUUGAUCGCCACUUAUUUCACAGGGCGUGAAGACUUACAGCAGCCUACUGAAAGCCAAAUUAUAGGGAUUUGGAUAGGGAACCUGCACUCUUAUUUGUAAACUACACAUUGAUCAUUAAAUGGGAGAUAAACAAUUACCUGUUCUGUUCUUGAAUCUGUUGCGGGGCGAAGUGAAAUGAAAGUGGGUAUAUAUAAGAAAUUGCUCGUUUAAGUGAAAAGACCAUUUCUAAUGCGCUCUUAGUGAAAUAAAACAAAGCAUUAAGCGAAAGUCUUGCUUCGAGUUGCUUUGAGGAACGUUCAUCCAUGACAGCCUUGUUUCACUUUGAAGCACUUUAUCAGAUGGCUGGAGCAUCACAACGUUAAUUUUUCUUUUUAGGGGCAUCCUACUGGAAAUUUUGAGAAAGACCUAAAAAUAACAACAAAGCAUGAAUAAGCAUUUUGGGAGAUUGCUGGGGCAAAUUUUAUCUGUUCCUCACUCCCAACAAGACUGAUGGAAGAGUUCCCAGCCAGCAUGCAUGGUGCACCUACAACCUGCAAACUGACUUACUGGGAAGUUUCCCAGCAGAAGUAUCUCCAGACAUUACGGGCCAGUUUGGUUGUGGCCAAAGGACAUAAUUCAGACCUUAAGUGGGAGGGGAGUGCGGUUUAGGAAAGAUCGGUGUGGCAAAAAGGGCGAUUUUUUCGCUUUCAGUGAAGGGGGCGGGGGGUGGGGGUGGGGGUGGGGGCGCAAUUUCUGACAAAAAUCUGUCGCAUAUUCUAGACAUCAAUUCCCCUCAGACAUCGACAAUAUCUUUUUCCCAGCAAAACUUUCCGUCCCGGAACAUAUAAUUUCUUCAAAAUCUUCCAGCCAGCAAAAAUUGGCCUGAAGAACAGAUAUUUUGAGGAACAGAUCCAUUGGAUGCCCCUGUUUUUCAUUUGCAUGCACUUUACUCUGAAUAAAUAAAAUACCAGUUUUAGCCCGUGGGGGAGGUACUCAUGGGUGCCGUGAUCGCCACUUUGUUCACAGGGCACCAAUGCAAGACUCACAGCAGCCUACUGAAAGCCAAAUUAUAGGGAUUUGUAUAGGGAACCUACACUCUUAUUUGUAAACUGCACAUUGAUCAUUAAAUGGGAGAUGAAAAAUUACCUGUUCUGUUCUUGAAUCUGUUGCGGGUGCAAAGUGAAAUGGAGUGGGUAUUUAUAAGAAAUUGUUCGUUUAAGUGAAAAGAACAAUUUCUAGUGAAUACCCGCUUGCCGUCUUAGUUAAAUAAAACAAAGCAUUAAGCGAAAGUCUUGCUUCGAGUUGCUUCGAGGAACGUUCAUCCAUGACAGCCUUUAGACGCCAAUCGCCUUUCUUUCGAUUAUUACUCUUUUCCAUAAUUCGUGCCUUUUUAUAAUUUAUUUAUCUUUGCCGUAAAAAUUGUUGUUUUGCCAUAUCUUGAAAUUUUAAUUUUGCUGUCAACCACGUGACGUCAUUUUCCCGCCGAAAAACGUUAAAAUCGAAAAACAAAAAACAUAGGAUUUUUUGGAAUACAAAGUUCUACCAUCCUGCAAAGUUUGAGCUCAAACGAAUAAAAAAUGCAAAAGUAGUUCCUACCCCGUAAUAUUUUGCGUCCUAUACGCCCACCGUGGUUAUGUGUGACGACUCGUUUUCAAUUUACUUCCAGGAGGUAAUAACGGAGAAAUUGUGAUUUCCUGGAAUUUGUGUGCAACUCUGAGAAAUGUUUAUAAUACUGGGAUGUAUUUUUAAUUCUGAGAAACGCUCCUUUAAACGCUGAAUUAAUCAUGAGCUACUGUAUAAUAACCGUCUGGUGGAAAUCAUCAAUAUUAAUCGUCCUCCUUCAGCGUUGUGAUAUUAAGUCUGCCAAAAGUUUUUAGCAUUGGGUUAACUUUUAAUCCACCAAUGGCAGAUAAAGAAAGUAACCGUGAACCUCAAGAUUUUACACAACCAUGGAAAUCUAGCGAUGUCGUUCUCGUGGUCGAAGGUGAAAAACUCCAUGUUCACCGAGCUGUGCUUACCUUGUGCUCCCCCGUUUUUGAGACGAUGUUUACGUCCGAAUUUCAGGAAAAAGAGAAGAAAGAAAUUCCCCUUCCCCACAAAAAGGCUAAAGAAGUGAAGGAGUUGCUUCAGGUUAUUUACCCUACUAUAGAAAGGAAGCCACCCGAUGAAAUAAAAGAGGACAAUUGCCACUACCUCUUAAGCCUCGCACAUGAAUAUCAAAUGGCAGCCAUUACUCAGAGAUGCGAAAACUUCAUUGUCAAAACAAUGAAGGAAUCUUUUUCAACGAAAAAGGAUCCGGAUAUCAUUGCAGAGCUGGUAUUUGCACAGACGUACAACUUAAAGAAGCUAAAGCAGGCAAGCAUUGAACUGGCUCAAAGUCUUACUCUUCCAGAGUUGAAAAAGCAAAAAGGUUACGAUGAAAUCUCUCCACAGAAUCUUCAGGAAAUUAUGGAAAGAAUGAUAACACGGCUACAGAGUCAAUUAAGUGAAGCUAAGCGGUCUCUAUCCUAUUGCGAUAAACGACCUCAUGAAAUUGUUGGUUUUACUGGCCCGGAUGAAAAUAUUGCAUCCAUUCAAGAACCAAGCAGGUCAUCACAACGUUAA